AGAGAGAGAGAGCGGGAGAGAGAGAGAGGCAGAGGAGGAGUAGGUGGAGAUACGGUGCAUUUUGUGGUUCACUUGCAGGCUGGAAAUGUGAUUUUUCGCAAUACUGUUUAAGCAUUUAUUGCAUUGGAUACUAAGUGUGUCAAUGUGGUUAUCCUACUGUACUGUCCAAACACCUGUUCGCUAUGAUGCAAUAGAGUGAAAAAGCCCAGUCAGAAAUACUAAUAGAGCUUUUAUUAUAUUAUAAAGAUGCUUUCUUGCCCCUCCAGACAACUUUCACUUAUACCUUAAAUCACAAUUUUCGUCCUUUUUUAAAGAGAAAAUAACUUUGACGGCAUACCUACAGCACACAGCACCACAAGUUGUUCUCUUACAGUUACCAUAUCAUUUGAACAACACCUCUCUUACAACGUCCUAUUUAUGCAAGGUUUUUAUAUCAGACCGUGUAACUGAUCAUUGUGCGAGUGUUGCUUUUGAGAUCUUGUAUGCAGAAAAACAGAUCAAUCCUUCUUCGGGGCAGCUACUAAUGAGUGGUUUUAAAUGACAAAUGUCUCUAUAAAUAGUGGGUGAUUGAUUGAUUUCUUUCUUUCUUUCAUUGACUCAGUGCACCUGUGGCGUUCCUCCUGCAGCUGCCGUAUUAAAUACUGACUUUGUGUUAGAGGUGGGAGCAAAGCUUUUGAUCAUUUGCUUCACCGCCAUUAAAACGGAAUGGGAUCCACGCCUGGGAGGCUUAGAAGACUAACUGUACCCUCUUGAAGGCUAUGUGAUUAGAGGGCGCUGCGCUGCACUGAGCGGCACCAUAUUAACACCAGACUAUAGAAUGGACUCUGGACAGCGGUGCACAGCGGUGAGCUGACCCCAGCCGAUGCUUCAAAGUAAUCUGUGGAGCCAUCAACUACUGCAAGCUCUCACCUCAAAGGUCAUAAAGAAGUGGGAGAGGCAGGGAGAGAGAGGCAGGGGGGGGGGCGAUACGGAGGUGCAGUGAGUGCCGACUGUCUCUCCGUCUGUCUUUCAGUUUACCAGAAAAAUGCAUUAUGGAGCUGACAGAAAUAGUUGUGGACGCAGAGCCACUCAUGCUAUUCUGGAGACCUCAUGUAUCAUGCAGUUCUGCAAUUUAGGCCGUCAUCUGGAGUCUGGCCUCUGGCCCUGAUGACAACUCAGUUAUAUUUGAGAGAUAUUAUUAUUUACACAAUUAGCGCAAUUAAACUGCACUCUAUAAUGCAGUUAUAACCCGUUUUGACUCUAAUAAUAACCAUGCAUUCAGUGCAUAAACGUAAUGUAAACUCAUUGGAAAUCGACAAGUGUCUUUAAAAAUAAAUAAAUGUAGGCCUACAUAUAUAAUCUUUGCACAUUUUGUGCCGCGUCCUUGCAUUUUAAAAGCGCCUCUUUUGAUUUCGGCAACGCCCAAAUCAGCUACACGAUGGCGCCAGAGUCACGCGAAUGAAAUAUAUAAAAAAGCCCACCCUCUGUUGGAGCUCAAGGCAUCCGGUUACCCAUCAAUAAAACAUAACCCCGAGUUCUCGCACCCCUCUGUCCCUGAGAUGCGACAUUCUGCACACGCGGUUUUUGUUUGUUUGUCGUGUGUACUUUGACAUGUGACUUUGCAGUGGUUGCAUCACUGUGAUGUGCAUGUUUUAAUUUGAAUGAGCUUUACCGCGCAUGAUCCGGAGCACGUUUGCCUCUAUGAUGGAGAGCCUCCUCUCCUGAUGGGGCAGCGGAGAAAGACAUGUCACCGUCCGCUGUGAAAUAAUCCCUCAGCAUCAUUGUCGGCCGACCUCAGCCGCACUGCUCAUUGUCAUUCCCUCUUGGGGGGGCAGUCAGUGUCGGGCAGCUGUGAGCGAAUCAGGUGCAAUCCCAGAUAUUACCACGUACAGACCCCAACCUGGCUGACAUCAUUGCGUCUGGCGGUGUAGAUAGAUCCGUAGUACCUCCUCCUUCCUCCUCUCAUCCAUUCGGACCCGCCUCUGUAUGUGUAGUCAGUGGCACUUAAUCACAGAGCUCACUCAAGGCAGGAGGCGGACCGUCGGGCGUGAACCAAAUAGUAACGGUGAACCGGAGAGGCAGCAGUGCGCGGGACAACGCAUGCAGAGCAGCUAUCCAAAAGACGCUUCCAGCUCUCGGGGUUUUUUUUUUCCUGUUCUUUAUCCUCCUCUGGAGCAAGUGUUGCAGUUUUUCUUUUCUCCGUCCCGAGCCCCCUUUUACGUUCAGGUCGUCUCUUUCGCGUCCGACUCGUUCGUCGCCAGUGCUUCGUCGGAGAUGUCCAAAAAAAGACCAGCCGAGCCGGAGUCCCGGGUGAAACAGCAAGCCGCUCUGGGCAACAUGACUCGCCUACCUUGUUUCUCACCGGAGGAAUCUGUAGAAUGAAAACGGCUUAAAAAAAAAUUUAAAAAAUUGAAUAAAGUCCAAGCAGCGCGCAAAGAUGUCGGUUCCUUUGCUGAAAAUCGGCGUCGUGCUCAGCACCAUGGCGAUGAUUACCAACUGGAUGUCGCAGACCCUCCCCUCUCUGGUGGGGCUUAAUACUACCAAGCUCACGGCGGCACAGGGAGGGUACCCAGACCGGAGCACAGGAGUGUUGCCAGCGAACCCGGAGGAAUCGUGGCAGGUGUACAGUUCAGCCCAGGAUAGUGAGGGAAGGUGUGUCUGCACUGUGGUGGCGCCCCAGCAGUCCAUGUGUUCACGGGAUGCCCGCACCAAACAACUGAGGCAGCUGCUAGAGAAGGUCCAGAACAUGACCCAGUCCAUCCAGGUCCUGGACCAGCGAACCCAGAGGGACCUGCAGUAUGUGGAGAAGAUGGAGGGCCAGCUCCGUGGUCUGGAAUCCAAGUUCAGGCAGGUGGAGGAGAACCACAAGCAGAACAUCGCCAAGCAAUACAAGGCCAUAAAAGCGAAAAUGGAGGAGCUUAGACCGUUGAUACCAGUGUUGGAGGAGUACAAAGCCGAUGCCAAAUUGGUAUUGCAGUUUAAGGAGGAGGUCCAGAAUCUGACGUCAGUUCUAAACGAACUUCAGGAGGAGAUGGGGGCCUAUGACUACGAGGAGCUCCACAGCAGAGUGUCAAAUCUUGAGGAGAGACUCCGAGCAUGCAUGCAAAAAUUAGCAUGUGGCAAGCUGACGGGCAUCAGUGAGCCCAUCACCAUCAAGACGUCUGGAUCCAGGUUCGGCUCCUGGAUGACUGACCCCCUGGCACCUGAAGGAGAUACGCGGGUCUGGUACAUGGAUGGUUACCACAACAACCGCUUCGUGCGAGAGUACAAGUCGAUGCAGGACUUUAUGACGUCGGACAACUUCACGUCCCACCGGCUGCCCCACCCGUGGUCGGGGACGGGUCAGGUGGUCUACAACGGCUCCAUCUUCUUCAACAAAUUCCAGAGCCACGUCAUCAUCAAGUUCGACUUCCGCACCUCCUCCAUAAGCAAGUCCCGGCAGCUCGACUACGCCGGCUUCAACAACGCGUAUCACUACGCCUGGGGCGGCCACUCCGACAUUGACCUGAUGGUGGAUGAGGGAGGCCUGUGGGCCGUCUACGCCACCAACCAGAACGCCGGCAACAUCGUCCUCAGCAAGCUGAACCCCAGCACCCUGCAGAUCCUCAAGAGCUGGACCACCAACCACCCAAAAAGGAGUGCCGGCGAGUCUUUUAUGAUCUGCGGCACGCUCUACGUCACCAACGGAUACUCGGGAGGCACCAAGGUGUACUACGCCUACUCCACCAACUCCUCUACUUACGAGUACAUCGACAUUGCCUUCCAGAAUAAGUACUCGCAUAUCUCCAUGCUGGACUACAACCCGCGUGACCGAGCCCUCUAUGCCUGGAACAAUGGCCACCAGGUCCUCUACAAUGUCACGCUGUUCCACGUUAUCCGCUCAGAAGAACUGUAACCGUGGAAAAAUGGAUUACAUACAUAAAUACAUAUUGUCUGUGUAGAGAUCUCCCUAUAUACAAAAAUAUAUCUGCGAAAGAAAAAGUCUACGGCGAGACCAUUCCAUUUAUAAUAUCAAAUAACUUUUACUGAGAGACUGCAUCAACACAAUGGAUGCAAAAUGGAUUGAGUGUGAAUAUACACGACACUGAAAAAAAACAAAUCUAAAAUUGAAGGGUUUCAUUCCAAAAUGUGAUAUAUUUGUUACAGGAAAAAAAAAAGCUUUAUCAGUUCAUAUCACAGUAUCACAGAUGAUUGUUAAUAAAACAGAACUGUUUGUAUAUAAAAGGUCUUAAUAUAACUUGUAAUAGUUACCCAUAGUAGACUUUAUUUUAAUAGCGGCCAUCAUUUAGUCAGAGGUAUUUUAACUUUGGAAUGAAACUCUUUAAUUAUUUGACACAUAGAAAAUGAUUGUAACAGUAGACUAAUAUAUCAGAUUUAAAAAGAAUAAGAUCAGAUGCCAAAAAAAAAAUAAAAAAAUCAUCACGCCUUUUUUAUAUGAUGGAAUAUCAACCUAAGCUCAUUCCUGUGGCUCCGGUUCUUCUGUAGAACGCCUCCCAGCAGAACUUUCCUUUUUGGUCAACGGGGGUCCUCCAAACAAAGACUGUUGGUAAUAAACUGUUGGACCCCCGGGUCCCACGGACAGACAGAACAGUGGGAGGUCAUUCUGCUCAGAAGACUUGAUAGCCUAAUGGGUGCAGUCUGUCAUUUUGUUUUGAUCAAGAACAGUAGCAAAUCAAAGUCUGUAUAGAGAAACAACAAUAACAACAUCCACUAAAAGACCUGAAGGCACUGACUGUUGACAGCGCUGUUGUUUGAGAUGCUUUUCCCGUGUUAGUGACUAUGUGUGAACAAGGCUUUCUUUGCAUGAGUGUUUUCUAUCACUCCGGUCUGCUCUUCUGAAUGUCUUUUGCUGUAUGAUACUAUAAAAAAAAGGAGGGCGGGAGGGAGGGAGGGAGGGGGAACAAGGUAGAAUACCUUUGGGAUUUGAGGAUUUGUAAAGAUAUUUACUUUUUCUCCCCCCCCCCUGCUUCUUUCUAUUUGGUUCUUGUUUUGUUUAUUUUCCUUCUUUGCAAUCAUUUUACUUUUCAAAUGUUCUUGUAUCACUGUAACUGUUGGCACCGGGUUUGCCUCUCUGUAUUUGUUUAUUUGGACUGCGUGGGAUGAAUCUAUCCAGCUCACAUCUCUCUGAAGAAAAAAAAAAAGAAAUAACAGAAUGUAUUGAGUAUUGUAUCCUGGGAACCUGGUCCUCCUAUCUUCAAUUCACAUCAUGCGCCUGUAGGGAGAGGGUUUUUUUAUUGAGGAUAAUCCUGUCUCAUGUCGUGUCUCCCUCCCCCCCACACACACUGCUAGUGAAGGAUAAUGCUGUUUAAAUGUAUACCCUUGCAGAGGACAAAAGCUUUUCACCCUUUUUGCGCUUUGCUGGACAUGUGUUGUAUCUGAGAUGAGAUAGUUAAUGAUUCGUGUCAAUAAACCAGAGAAAUCUGACGCUCGGAUUGUUGCCUUAAAAACAGCUGCAGGCUGCCAUGUGACAGCACACCGAGCGCAUGGCUGUCCAUGUCACUUUUACAUCAAAACUAAUGCGCUUACUUCCUGCCUUUUGGGUGAACUCCUUCAUUAAAAUUGCACAGUGAGGUC